AUGAGGAGGGACAACGUGACCUGGGUGAGUGAAUUCAUCCUAAUGGGUCUCUCCAGUGACAAGAACAUACAAGCUGGACUCUUCGUCCUGUUUGGGACCACCUACCUGCUGACCCUGCUGGGCAAUGGUCUCAGCCGUCUCCUGAUUGCCCUGGACCCGCGACUCCACCUGCCCAUGUACUUCUUCCUCUGCCACCUGUCACUGGUGGGCAUCUGCUACACCACCAGUGGGAUCCCCCAGAUGCUGGCACACUUCCUCUCAGAAAAGAAGACCAUCUCCUUCACCCUUUGUGGGACCCAACUCUUCUUCUCGCUGACUCUUGGGGGAACGGAAUUCCUGCUUCUGGCUGCCAUGGCCUAUGACCGCUAUGUGGCCGUCUGUGACCCCCUGCGCUACCCGACGCUGAUGAACCCUCAGGUGUGCAUGGCACUAGUAGGGGUGUCUUGGUCUGUGGGGGUGGCUAACUCUGCUGUGGAGACAGCAGUCACCAUGAGCCUGCCCACCUGUGGGCACAACGUGUUGAACCAUGUGGCCUGUGAGACACUGGCCCUUGUCAGGCUGGCCUGUGUGGACACCACCAUCAACCAGGUGGUCAUAGUGGCCUCCAGUGUGGUGGUGCUGCUGGUGCCCAGCUGCCUGGUCUCUCUGUCCUAUGCCCACAUUGUGGCUGCCAUGCUGCAGAUCCGGUCCACCCGGGGAUGCCGCAAAGCCUUCGGCACCUGUGCCUCCCACCUCACGGUGGGCUCCACGUCUUAUGGAAUGGCCCUUCUCACCUACCUGCAGCCACGCUCCACGGCCUCUGCCGAGCAGGACAAGGUGGUGGUGCUUCUCUAUGCUGUGGUCACACCCAAGCUGAACCCUCUCAUCUACAGUCUGAGGAACAAGGAUGUGAAGUCUGCUCUGAGCCGAGUUCUGAAGAAGAGACCGAAUCAAAGCAGUAGGAAGUGA